AUGUUCCAGAAAGACAUCCAAGAGUCUUAUAUAAAGAACUGCUUCAAAAAUAUCUACAUUGUAAAAAGACACCAUGCAGAUGGCAACGUCGAGGAGAAAAAGAGCUGCGUUCUGUACAAGAACAUCGAUGAGUUUGUCCGUGUCCUCAUACAGAUAAGAAAAUACGACAAGGAAUUUAAAAAGAUAAACGUUGGAAAACAUGGAUCGGAUGUUGCAGCGACUUUACAAGAAUAUCUGGACUUUUACGUAGGCCAGUUUGGGCACAAAUUCCAUUCGUUCAUUUUGGAAUAUAAGAACAGUCAGGUGAAGGAUGAUGUGAAAAAUCAUUACAUCAUAAAAAAACUGACCAAAAGUGACAUUGAAAAAGUGGCAAACAAUUCCUACGCACGGGUCAUGUUCAUGUAUGACAGUGUAAAAUAUUUAAUUUACUACAUAAAGAAAAGGAUUGCAAAAAUCAGAGAAAUUAAUGAGAGUUUUGUGAAACUCCUGAUGAGCUACUUGCGAAUCUCUCUCAACCCACUGGAUCUGAUCGCCCAUGUGUACUUAAGUGGGUACAGGGGUGUAUCCUCCCCCGAUCAGUCGAAGAAAAAGAAUCUUCCCAAUGGGAUCAGCCAAAUUGGACCCACCUCGGCGUGGAAGAAAAUGUCACCCAUAAAAGACCACCCCGUGGUAGACUCUCCCCCAAAGGAUCACUUCUUCUGCAACGAACUGUGCCAAUUUGUGUGCGCUUACGGGGAGUACAUCAUAAAGCACACCAUAAGUAGCAGCUACGUAGAACUGCUCAGCAGGCAUGAAAUUAUCAAGUCCAAAUUGAGCAUAUACGAGUCGGCUAAAAGACAUAUUAGAAAUCACAUAAUGAAGAAAAUAUGCUCCCAUUCCCAUUUUAAGAACUGUAAUUUAAGUGCCCAAUUUGAUCAUGAUACCAUUUUCAAUGCGCACGAAGAGGCUCUAAUUAAGUUCCAAAAAAUAUUUAAAAGGUUCACGCAAGUUGGUAGUGGCUAUAAAAAUGUGAGCAUGUCGCACAGAGACUUUUCAUACAUUUAUGAACUUGUGCUGGCAGUAUACUUAGUGAAAAAGUGCCUCUUUCAUUUGAACGAAAAUAUAGACACAGUUCUUCAAGUAGCCCUCUACACUCUGUACAGCUCCGCAAAAGUGACCAUCAUUUAUUUGUAUUUCAAUCUGCCGAAGCACAUGGCUCAUUACUUUCUAAACGUGUAUCUUCUCUUCUUUAAAAGUAAGAAAAAAAAUAGUGAAGAUCAAAGCCAGGGAAAGAAAAUCGCACAUAUUAUGAACAGAAUGAGGAGAACGUACAGAAACGUCCUGCAGUAUGUUGUCAAGCGGGAAAAGGGAUGCAGCGAAGGUGAGGAAUGCACCCAAGAAGGGAUCCCAACAGGAGAAACCCCUUACGAAGUUACCCCACUCGGAGGAAAAAUCAAAAUGUCGGAAAGAAAACGGUACAGGAAGAUCCUCAACUUAUUGUACUUCCAAAUGGACAGUUAUGGCAAAAAAUUGGCCAACCAAAAAAGCAAGAGAGAAGUGAAUAAAUUUGUCGCUCUUCACAUGAAUGGGUCUGUCAUACAGCUCAAGUAUAACUACGAGGUUCUUCUAAGAGAAAAGAAAAAGUGCAAAAAGAAGACACUUCCAGAAGUGAGCCCCACAAAGACGGUAAAAGGUAGACAAUCCAUGAUACAUCAAAACGGUACAGUAUCUUCCCCAAAAAAACGAGCGAACUUUGUACACCCAGACAAAAUCGAAUACAUGAAGAGGUAUGCCCCGCUAUACAGGACCAAAUGCAGAAGCAACGCAAAAGGAGGAAAGAACGCUGAUCGGAAUAGAUCUGUAUAUAUACAGACAAACACAGUGAACUACUCCAUGCACAAUCGGGUCAUAUACAACUACCGUGAUGGUGAUACCUACGCUAGGAAGGAAAAAAAAAGUGAAAAUGAAAGAGAAGUAACCUUCUACAAAGAGAACAGGAAUUCGGAGAAAAACAUCAUAGGGAAAUUAUUCCACUGUGUGUUAAAAAAUUUACGAAAGGGGAAUCAAUUCGUCCCAAGCAACACUCGGGAGAUUAGUACCGUCAACUCAUUUGACGAUUAUGCAGAGAGAAAUCAAAACGAACGUAACGAUUAUGAAGAUAGCCAUUUGAGCGUCCCCAGUGAAGAGAUUUCCAAGGUCGAUGGAUCUAUUAGCUGUCCUGUUCGGACGAUUCUUAAUGAACACGAAAAGGGUGGAGAGACUCCGGAUUCGUGUUACUUAUCCAGGAACGGCUCCAUACAGAGUCAAGGCAAAGUGGAGUGUCAACUCCUAUCCCAAAGGAGACUUGAUAAAAGCAAAUACGAAAUAUAUUCCGUCCAAACGGUGAGCAGCAAGGAAAUCCAGGAGGGUGGAGAAGUAACGGAGGAAGUGGGUAGCGAAGAUGGAGACACACACCCUAAAGAAGUGGACAACACAGUUAAGAGGCAGGAUGAUGAGAUUGCAUACAGCUACUUCGAUCCAUCCGUUGGGAAAACGAAUAGCAAUGUAGAGAAAUCAUCCCAAGAAAGGCGUGACAAACACAGGAAGAAGCGCGAAGCGAAUGAGGAGGUUCAAAAUGGAGAAAUCUCUCCUCCAGAGAAAAUCCAAAACGAAAUUGAAAAAAACGCAUAUGAGAAAAAGGCUGGUGAGCCCCCUAGACACGGCUCCAAAACCGAGGGACACACUGAAGAGGACACAUCCGAUAAGGAGUCGCCCGAAAAGGGAAAACAGAGUGAUGACUCCCCAGGAACAUGCUCACCAGAGAAUAUAACCCAUGCCGAUUUGCAGUUAAAAAAAGAAAACAAGCGCAGAACACAGGGAAAAUAUAAGAUGUACUUUUCGAACGAGUCCGCCACGAUAGAUGUGUCGUCGGAUGAUUAUAACCCGUACAGGACAACGAAGAGAAAGGGACAAAGGAGACGGAGGAAGGCCCCGGCGAGGGGAAAGAGAAACACGAGCCGAAAGACGAGUGAAAAGACAGAGAAUAAAGAAAAAUCGGACGAACGGACAAAGGGGAAGGAAAAGGAGAGAAAAUCCAGGAAGAGAAAAACGGAACAGGCGCCAAAAACACACACGGGUAAAACCAAAAAAAGAAAAAGGUCUCAAGUCACUGACGAGGAAGCCGUUAAAACGAAAAAGGGGAAGUCCAACCAUUUAUGCAGUUAUCCUUCGGUGAAGUCCGAUCAUUCGAAGUCAAACGAAGUGGUGGAACAGGAGGAAAAAAGCUGUAAUAUAGAGACCGUCGCGCGUAAGGAGUCCAGGGAAAGAAAAACUAAGACUGCAACCGAGGAACACGCGAUAGCCACCAAUGGUGAGCACUACCCAGGUGAGCAUAAACGAGGGUGCAAGAAAGAAUCACAGAUGAGCGAAGCUAAGCCACCAACAACUGACGAUACGUCAAUUCCCGGCAGUGCGAGAAAACUAAUCUUUAACGUGUCCCUGGAUGUCAGCGAAGGGGGAGAAGAAUGCACACCGUGUAAAUAUGAAUUUGGUGAGAAGGCCAACUGGGGUUCCAAUGGGCCGAAAGGGAAGACGCCCAUUUGUGUUGACCUCGAGGGGAGUGACAACGGUGACAUUCGUGACGAUCAUGACAAUUGUGAUGUCCUCCUACUGAGUGAGCAUAAUCCUUUAAGGAAUAAACUGAACGAAUCGCGAAGCGUGGCACACGUACACGGGAAAAAAGACAAAACGGAUGAACAGGCGGAUAAACGCCUAGAUGAACCCCUUCGGAUAAACACGGAGAUGCCCCAAUUCGACAUGCCAUUCAUGUCCACACGAGAAGUGUACAUAAACGAAAGAGUAUGCGAUAUUGUGAAAGACACAGAAGAGAGACUAAAGUUAAUUGUAAUUCACUUGUUCAGUUACUACAUAAUCGGAGGUAUAUUUCUAAUAAACCCAUACAAUAGUGCCCAAAAAGAAAGGUACAGAAACUUCACCAGCAUAGAAGAAAAUAUUAACGACAUAGAAUACAUCAAGAUAUUUAAGUAUAGUAGCCACCAACUUAUUGUUGGAACUAUUAGGAAGAAUACAAAGGUGUCUUUGCUGGGUGGUGGAGGCUCCAAAAGAGUAAUGACAAUUUUGAAUAGACAGGGCAAAGGAUUAAAUGGUGCCACCUACAAAUGUACAAUUAAUAACACAUUGCAUGUAUGCAAAAUUCAGCAAAGGUUAUAUUUGGCGAAGAAAGAAAUAUUUUUCUCCUACAUUUUGAAGACGAGAAAAAUGCUGAAGCAUAGGAAGUAUUCCGGGGAGCGUAAGGGAACUAUUGUCCCUAGGGGGUGGAAUGGAACUGAGAUGAGAAGUGAAUAUAGCCGCCAAGAAAGCGGCCUACGCGGCAUGAGCAGGAGCGGCGAGGUCUUCUUCGAAGUUUACGCCAAGGGAAAUUUGUACAUCUUCCCCGACGAGAUGCACUACAACGUGCAUAAGGUGGAGGACAACUCGGAAAAAGAUGCGCGCGGAGCGGGAGGGCAGCUAAAGGGAGCCAGAACAAGAGGCAACAGAGGAGGCAGCGGGGCAGGGAAAAGAAGAGGAAAAAGAGGAGUCAAGCGGAGGGGCAUAAGAGGAGCCAAGCAUAACGCAGAGGGAAGAAGCGAGGGUCAAAGGGAGGCCCAAAGAGAGGGCCAAAGCGAGGACAAAGGCGAACACAAUAGUGAGCGCAGGAGCCAGGGCCAACGCGAAAAGCACAGCUCGGAAAAGGGCACAUCCCUUCUGAUCAUGGGGACGCACAAACACGUGACCUCGCUCAAUGAACUCAUAAACACAUUCAUCAGAAAGGGACACCAAGCCAUAAACGAAGAGCUGGUAUUGUUCAUCGUGUACCACUUGAUCGUGGCCCUGUUGCAGCUGCACGUGCUGGAUGUGCUCCACGGAGAUGUCAAAAUAGACAACAUUUUAGUUGCGAAGGACCAGGAACUUCUGCUCCAGAUGGAGAGAACUAAGGAGAAUAUCACGAGGGAGCCUCCCCGCACUUGCAAGAGGGAGAUGAAGGAGGAAUCCAAGAGGAAGAGGAGGCCUCACAGAGAAGGCAAUAGCGGUAGCAGCGUUCGGGGUGGUAGAAGCCGCAACAAUAGUGGCACUCGCAGCGUCCGAGGUGGUAGCAGCCGUAGCAGUAGUGGCAUUCGCAGCAUUCGUGGUGGUAGAAGCCGUAGCAAUAGUGGCACUCGCAGCAUUCGUGGUGGUAGCAACCGUAGCAGUAGUAACCCCUUCGUGUGCGAAUACAUGCUGAACGUGAAGGGAGGCAGCAACCCGAACUCCUUCCUGAGAAACAAAUUCCCACUGAACGUAUUGCUAAUCGACAUCGGCAGAGGAAUUGACGUAAAAAAUUUUAGGAACUAUCUCUUCUAUGGAGAAAAAAACUGCGAUUGUUAUAAUUUCCUGUCUGAUUCUAUUUUUACCUACCACAUAGACUUUAUAGGCAUCGCGCAAGUGGCUAGCUGCCUAUUAUACUACAAGCACUUGGGCAGCACAAAAUAUAAAUACGAUGGGAGCAUAAUGGAUCAAAACUAUGCCACCAUUAACAAUCUCAAUUUGACCUACAUGACGCACAACAAUAACUUUACGAAGAAUAGCAGCGCCCCUGUUAGGAGGAAGAGGAGGCACCCUCGUAAUGAUAAGAGAAAAAGUAGGUGCAAGGAGAUCGAAAGUUUUAUAAAGGUGAAGGAGCGCGCGUAUACGGAGGAUGAGGAGAAACAAGAUGAGGGGUGUACCGACCAAAGUGCCAGCCUCGAGGGAGGGAAGCACACGGGGAAGAGUUCUCGCCGUGCAGCGAAUAGCUCCCACCGUACAGAGAAUACUCCACACCGUGCCGCCAAUAGUCCGCAUCCCGUGGGACGCCUCCAACGAAGCCUUAACUAUGCAGGGAACAAACAAAGCGAAUCAAACAAGAGGACCAGACGAGCCGCCAGAAGGAGCACCGCGGCAGAAAGCACCCACUUUAUAGAUUACUCAAAAAAUAUCCCCAUGGAUGACCGCGAUAGAAAAAAAAUAGACGGGUACAUUGACGAAAUGAAGAAGAAUAACGAAAAUUACUACAUCGAACGGGAAGAAGAAAGCAAAAUAAAAAACUUUUCCGUCAAAUUACUAUCCACGAGAAAAAGGUAUAUCGAAUUUUGGGAAAUUUUUUUUCAUCUUUUGUUAAACUUUUGCAAUGUGUACGAAUUGAGCUCCGUUAAUUACAACACCAAGGACAUGGGCACGAAUUUUGAGAAGGCAAAUUUGUUCCAUCACAAGGUGAUGAAUAAAACGGAAAAUUACUACUUCGACUUUUGCAAAAAUAACUGGGAGGAGGUUCCACAAGGGGACCAACAGAACAAAGGUACUCACAUGAAGGAGAAGCUCAAUGGGCUUCUUAAAAAUAAUGAUAAUUUGCAUACACGUAGAGGCAAAGCUGUCUGCUCUAAUGGGGACAGUCACAAGGACAGUGUAGUUAUGGACAGCAACCAUACGGAUGAGGCGAAGGAUGAGAUGGGUAAGCUAUGCCAUCACGACAACACCAGCACCGAUGAUAGGAGCAACUCAUGUUCGAUGCAAAACAGGCGCUGUGAUGAUGAGAAAGAGGCGCUAGAAGAGCAGCAAAAGAAGCAGACCAAUGAGGAACCACACAAAGAUAAUACACACCAAGUGGACAAAACUAACGCAGAAAGGGAAAUCACAAAAGGGGCUGUUUUAGACAAAAAAAAUCAACAAACGAAUGGAGACCAACCCAAAAGUAAUAGUAAAUAUUUUUUUAUAAAAAACUCCAUUUCGAAUUUAAAAAAUAUAAAAAAAAAAAUGCAUAAAGUGAAGCACAAAAUAGAAAGGGACAAAUUGGAGGCCAGUCACAACAAGGGAAAAAACGACUCCUCCAACUUCUCUGGAAAAGAAGAAAAUGUUCGCUUGAAAAGAAAAAUGAUAUUCUUUGAGAAUGAACAGAAUAGACAAAAGUGUAGGAAACUGAAUGACCAGAAGUACUACGCAAAGGAGUGCCGCGCGAACGACACUAGGAGGUUGACUAGGUAUGUUAACAAGCUAAUGAAGAAGAAGGCCAUUUUUGUUCUCAUGUUUUUAAAAAGGGCAAUUGAAAAAAUAUUUGAUGAUGACAGGAGUAGGCAGGAAAUUUUGCUCAGCGAGAUUAAAAACGCGGCCGCUUUUUUUUGA